UUAGCGGUUUAAGCAAAACGGGGUGAGGCCACUGUGAGAUGGUUCUGUGAAUGCAUGCGCGGAAGUGGUCGGUGGAAAGUGUGAAGCGAGUCGUACUUAAACUAAGCAUACUUAUAUACAUUGAAUAGAUAUUUAAACGUAGCCUAAGUAUUUACGUUAAUAAAAGCCUACGAUCUCGCUAGAUGGAGGCAAUAAGUGAAGCCAUAAAAAUAGCGUGUGUUCUUAUUACUGCCGCUGAUGAAGAAGGUGGAAUUGAUGGAGUUGGCACUUAAGAAUAUCCCGAUGGGGAUAAGAUGGUGAAAGAAAAUGUGUGUUGCGGUAAGCGCUUAAUGUUGGUGAAGUUGCUGGCGAUUUUAAUGUUUUAUGAGACCAUGGAGGAUGAGUUGCUGCUCCACUUCUGUCCGUAGACGAGCUUAAACGAAGCAGAAUAAACCUGAUGAAUCUAAUGAACAUCCCUUAUGAAAUAAUUGUGUUGAGAUGACUUCACAAGGUUCUAUGAUUGACAAGUGACGCCUUAAUUUCCCUCCCCCACAAUACAAAUAAUGUGCACGUGCCUGAAUUUUACGCGUUAAUCGAAUGACACGUGGCAGCAACUAGAGUGAGAAUAACAAUUGAUGCCACACUGACGAAUAUAUGGGUGUAUGGUGAACUUGUGUACGGGUGCGACCAUAACCAAAUUCCCUGAAUACAGUUCCGGAUUUUAAAGCGUGCUUUAAUCAUGUGCUAAUGUAAUUUGCUCAGAAGUGUUGAAUUUUGCUGAAAAACCCCCUUUUCGCCUGUUGGUUAAAUGCCCGGAGAAUAGACGCAGAAAAAAACAGGCCACAAAUUGUUAGUGUAAUGAUGGAUGAUGUUCCAUUUGUUUGGUCGCUUUGAAUGUCGCAUUUGAGUAAGUGCGGCUAUGUGAAAAUUCGCGUAUCAUUGUUCACGCCUGAAGAAUUUUGGCCCGUGUGUAGUUGGCGAGCUACGCAAUGCAGGGCGUUGCAAAUUACGGCGAUGAGUCAUGCAGGAAAUAUUUUAUUUUUCUCUGUACAUUAUUAAUAAACAAAUGUAAUAAAAUCAGUAGCUUAAGCUUUAAAAAAACACAGACUUACUGAUAGUUGACAAUUUAAACGAUAGGAUGCGCUAAUGGCAUGAACACAUGACGUCAAUUUUGUAUGAUAAGCCCGACAUUCUUGAGUGGCCUGAUGUACGAGAUUCGACAAGUUGGAACACGUUGGGACAGGCUUUAGCAAGAUGCACAAAAACGUGAUGCAAACUAUUUCCCACUACCAUCACUGCUACAUUCACCCAUUUUUUUGCCCUAUAAACUCCGGUGGCUUUGUAAGCAAACAUGAACGAUCAAGAUUUACCACCCCUACCCCGCCCUGCUUGACGAUCACCCUAUGACCUCCACACAUGAUGAAGAAUGCCACCCCUUUUUCCCACCCCAUUACGAAACCAGAAGCCGGUUAUUAUCUAAGCACGCACCACCUAGCAUCCCCUACUCCCCAGCUACCCCUUUUUGGCUGUGUGCGCUUUGGUGGAUGAUUUCAGGAAAUAAGAUUAAACACCAACACUGACGCAACCGCUCGGUGUGUGUGGUGAAAUUGGACACAAUGACUCAUCAACAAUUUCCUCGCCUGCUGGUGACAGGGUGGUGGGUGGAGCUGGGAGGAGGAUCGUGCGAUUGUAUGCGUUUUGCCGGUAGGGCAGAGCAACAAAAACAAAAACAAACAAGAUAGGCGAACGGGAAAGUAGCAUCGAGUAUAUAAGCCGACUGGAAGGGCAACUAAUGCAUCAAACAAGCGUGAAGCAUUCGAUUGUUGCAACAAACAACGUCGCCAAUACAAACGUACGCAAAGUGAAGUAAAGUUAGCAAGCGAUUCAAGAACUUUCUACAGUCAACGGCAAGUGCUACUAGCGAAGAGAAGCUCUCCAAAGUGCUUACAACAAUCAUAGAGCCUGAAGUGGAAGAAUCAUGGCUAAACAGGCGCCUACUAUUCUACCGGAGUUCCACGGUGAGACGGACGAUUGGAAGGUGUACCAAGAGAUAUUGGACGAGUUCUACCGGGCCAAUGGUAUCGCCGGAAAUGAUCGAGUUCCGGUGUUGAUCAGUGUGAUCGGCAAGACAACGUACGCGACGCUGCGAAGUCUCUGCCAUCCUGCAGCACCGAAAGACAUGACCUACGAGAUGCUGUGCGGUGUGUUGGCCCGUCAGUUCAUACCGGAGAUUGCCAUCUUCCGGCACCGUGCACUGUUUUACCGGGCCGAGCAGCACCGUGGCGAAAGCGUUAAGGAAUGGUACGCCCGGCUGAAGACUUUGUCCAUGGAGUGCAAGUUCGACGAGAGCGUGCUGGAACCGCUGAUGGUGGAUCGGUUUGUGGUCGGUUUGUUGCCGGGGCCGGUGCAGAACCGGCUGUACGAGGAGCAAGCUGAUCAGCUACGCAGCAUUGACCGUGCGGUCACAUUGGCAGCAACUAAGGAAGCGGAACUGAGACAGGAAAAUAGAGACGAGGAAAUAGCCCACGGCUUCGCCGGAUUGGUUAUUGAUGAUGUGCGAUACGGUAGACGACAUCGGCGACAUGGAAAACAUCCGCAUCCGUUUGGCCGGGAUCAUGGACAUGGGCGACACGGUGGACAUGACCAUCAUCGUCGCCACGGACGCCACCAUCGGCAUCAUCAUUCGGAUCAAAAUUCACCAAGGCCACUCGAACACCAUGGGCAUCAUCAUGAACAUCAUGGACAUCAUGGACAUCAUGGACAUCAUCAUGGACAUAAUGGACAUCAUGGACAUCAUGGACAUCAGGUACAUCCGGGGCGUCAUUUCGGGCCGCCAACCUUUGGACCGGGACCAUGGACAGGUGGCCACCAUGGGCGUGAAAUGCCGCCACGUUGUUUUGGACCGGCGGCCGGACCGUGGAUGGGUGGACACAAGGUAAGAAGUCAUCCAUUUGGUUACCCCGCCAUGAUGGAAGGUUUUGGACGUCACGGCCGCCCGUGCGGAAAAUGGCGCAAACGAAACCAUCAUCAUCGCCGAAGCUCGUCUUCAAGCAGCAGCAGCAGCACCAGCACCAGCAGCAGCAGCGAUUCCAGCAACGCCUCUCCCUACUCGGGGUUUGAAGUUACGACAGACCAGGAGGGUGAUAGACAAUUCCAAAAGUUUAUGCGCCGUGAAAUUGCCAAACACUGCCACAAACGACAUGGCCCCGGACGACGCUAUCGUCGCCACCAUCAUCAUCAGCAAGAUGAGGAUGAACAGGAUCAACAUGGAAAGCGAGGUUGUCGCAGAAAUCGCAAGCAGCAGGACGAACCAAGUGCACCAUCACAAGCGGAACAAGCGUCACCCAACGAUCCUUCGACGGAUCCCGAGUUGAUCGAAUGAAAUGGACUAGAUCAUUCUACAGUUGUUUCAACACAUGAAUCGAACCCACAAAAAUCUUUUUAUUACACCGGUGUUAUUGUUAUAAUAGAUUAGACAAUACUAAUCAUGCCAUCAGCAAAAAAAGAACAAAAGUGGUGACAAAAAUGUAUCAAAAAAAGGAAAAAAAAAUAGAAAAGAUGGCGAAUAUAAAACAACAGAAAAAAGAAGAAAAAAAUUUAAAACAAUUUAAAUUGA